AUGGACGGCGAAGACUCUACUAGACAGAUAACUAAGUCCUAUGCUGCCCAGCUGUAUGACUACUCAAGGACUCCAUACCUUUCGUUGAUCAAUAGUGCCGCCAUACUGGUUUCACCCAUCAUUUCACCACCAGUCGAUAUCGCAAUCACCAGUAAUGGGAAGUCAAGGCUACUGUUCAAGAAUCUAUCGUCACAGACCCGCAGAAUCGGUCUAACGGGGAAGAAUGCAUUGCUGUUUGGGACGGCUCAAGCGUUGGGUUCCUGGAUGAUCUACGAUGAUGAUGUCGAAAGUGGCAGUGGAUUCAUCAUGGCAUGGUCUACGCUGUAUAUGAUCGUCAACGGGAAGGGCUCGUUGAGAGCCAUAACAAGAUAUGGCAGGACUUGGCCAUUCGUAUUGAGUUGCAUGGCCACGGGUAAUGCUCUACUCUACGGGAGACGGUUCAUUUCUGGCCAAUUUUAA